AUGGGUCUCACACCCUCAGCCUUCUUCCUGGGAAAGGAAUCCCUUUUAAAACAGUCGCCUGUGCUUAUCAGUCUUGCCUUAAAAACGUCCAGAAGGAAUCCUGUAUGUUCCAUAGGUAGCACGCUGCUGGACUGCCCCAGGCACUACAGGUCCCAGCCUACUCAUCGCAUUGGCCGGUUCAAAUACCUGCUCCCCAAAGAGGCUUCCAAGAGAAGGAGGGACCGAGUCCAAAUGAAGGAGAUUGACCCUGGGACAGAAUACGAGUAUGGAGUCUUGAACAUCGUCAUGACUGGUUACGACAUGACCUUGGUCGAGCACUAUGCGCAGUACGUCCACAAGCUCUGCAACCGACACUCCAUCAAAGUGGAGGAAAGCUAUGCGAUGCCCACCAAGACCAUGGAGGUGAUGCUGAUGCAGGAGCAAGGCUCCAAGAUGCACCUGGAUGCUGUUCUUACAACCCACCAACGUGUUGUUCAGAUCAGCGGAUUGAGUGCUGCAUUCGCUCCUAUUCUCUUGGAAAUCAUUCAGAAUAAUCAGCCGGAAGGAGUCCAUCUGUUAGUGAAAGAGCACACAGAGGAAGACUUCAAGGUUCGGCUGAAGGCACGUCCAGAACUGGAGGAGCUGCUUUCUCAAAUGAGCUGAGUCAAGCACAUUACAAAUAUCCGUUUUACAUCAGGGUUUGUGGCUGAUCCUGGUCGACCUUUUCGCAACGUUCCACAACACGGUGGAAGUGGACCUCGGUGUUUGCUGCAAAAGCCAACGCUGUCACAAUGAGUCUUUGUUUUCGUAAUAAAUGUUGGAAUCUU